GGGGAGAAAGGAGGGAGGGAGCGCGGCGGCGUGACGCGGAGGGCCGGCUCCCCGCGGAGGGCCGCGCUCCCGGCGGGCCGGCACCCGGCGCCCUUAUUUAAAGUCGGCCGGGGGGCAGCGGGGCGCUGCGCGGUGUCGCUCGGCGGGUGAGCGAGCCCUCCCCGUGCACCGAGCGGGGGAGGAAUUAAAAAGGAUAAAAGGGACGAAAGAAAAAAAGAAAAAAAAAAAAAAAAAAAAAAAGGUGGGGAGGGGGGAAAAGGAGGGACCCUGGCAAGUUGAGUUUGGUACCGCAGCCGGGCUGCGGGGAUCGGCGGGGGAUGGAUAAGGAUGAGAUCCACCUGCGCAGGCUGCCUGCCGCCGCGCCCUGGGGACCACACACAGACAGUGAUUUUCAUGGGGUGGAUUUUCUGCCUGACAGCCUCAGUGAGGUUCCAGACGAGACAGGCAUGAGGGUGAACAAGAAAUACUCCUGCCUGCCUGCUGAGGAGAAGGGGAUUCACAUCAUCAACAUCCGAGCUAUUGAGGAUAUAGGAUAUGACCAGCAUGAAAGCACACUAUUGAACUCCCUAUCCAAAAAUCCAGAUGCUGACUGCAAGUAUGGGCUCUACUUCCGAGAUGGCAAGAGGAAAGUGGAUUACAUCCUGGUAUAUCACUACAAGAAGUCUUCAGCAGGGAGGACGCUCACCAGGAGAGCCCAGCACAAUGAUGCAGGUGCCAGGGGUGCCAAGCAGGACCCACUGCCUGGGAAGGGUGUGCAGAUGGAGAUGGGUGAGAGCGAGCCUCACACUGACUGCCACGAAGACGACAAGAGGUUUCGCAGGGAGGAGUACGAGGGGAACCUGGUGGAGGCUGGCCUGGAACUGGAACAUGAUGAGGAUACUAAGAUCCACGGGGUUGGAUUUGUAAAAAUCCACGCACCGUGGAAUGUAUUGUGUCGAGAGGCAGAGUUUCUUAAGCUCAAGAUGCCCACAAAAAAGAUGUAUCAAAUCAAUCAGACCCACGGACUUCUGAAAAAGAUCAACUCGGUACUUCAGAAGAUAACGGAGCCCAUCCAGCCCAAGGUGGCCGAGCACAAACCGCAGACGGUGAAGCGCCUUUCCUACCCCUUCUCCAGGGAGAAGCAGCACUUAUUUGAUUUGUCUGACAGAGAUUCCUUCUUUGACAGCAAAACAAGAAGCACUAUAGUUUAUGAAAUUCUGAAAAGAACAACAUGUACCAAAGCAAAAUAUAGCAUGGGGAAAGGAGAGGGAAGAAAGAAGGAAACUGCCCUUUUAAAUAAAAGACGAAAAUGUGGUAAAUAUGGGAUCACCAGCCUGCUUGCCAAUGGAGUUUACAGUGCUGCAUAUCCUUUGCAUGAUGGUGACUAUGAAGGUGAAAACGUCGAACCCAAUGACAGAAAACUCUUGUGUGAAGAGUGGGCAAGCUAUGGAGUCUUCUAUAAGUACCAGCCCAUUGAUCUGGUGAGAAAAUACUUUGGAGAGAAGAUUGGACUAUAUUUUGCCUGGCUGGGAGUUUAUACACAAAUGCUUAUUCCAGCUUCCAUUGUAGGGAUUAUCGUUUUCCUAUAUGGCUGUGCAACUGUGGAUGAGAACAUACCAAGUAUGGAAAUGUGUGACCAGAGAAACAAUAUCACCAUGUGUCCCUUGUGUGACAGAACAUGCAGUUACUGGAAGAUGAGCUCUGCUUGUGCGACUGCUCGCGCAAGUCAUCUGUUUGAUAACCCUGCAACUGUCUUCUUCUCAGUCUUCAUGGCUCUCUGGGCUGCUACUUUUAUGGAACACUGGAAGAGAAAGCAGAUGCGGCUCAACUACAGGUGGGACCUGACUGGGUUUGAAGAGGAGGAGGAGGCAGUCAAGGCUCAUCCCAGAGCAGAAUACGAAGCAAAAGUUUUAGAAAAAUCACUGAGGAAAGAACACAAACAUAAAGAGAAGCAUCGGUAUUUUCCAGAAGAGGCAGCAAACAAAUGGAGACAAAGAGUUAAGACAGUCAUGGCUGGGGUGAAAUUGACAGAUAAAGAGAAGCUGACAUGGAAGGAUCGUUUUCCAGCCUACUUGACCAAUUUUGUUGGCAUUAUCUUCAUGGUGGGACUGACAUUUGCUAUAGUGUUUGGAGUCAUAAUAUACAGAAUCUCCACUGCAGCAGCACUGGCAAUCAGCGCAACCCCAUCGGGCCGGUCCAGCGUCAGGGUCACUGUCACUGCCACUGCUGUCAUCAUCAAUUUGGUUGUCAUCAUCUUUUUGGAUGAAGUAUAUGGCUGCAUAGCAAGGUGGCUAACUCAGAUCGAGGUGCCAAAAACUGACAAGAAUUUUGAAGAGCGUCUGAUUUUUAAGGCUUUUCUUCUGAAAUUUGUCAAUGCCUACACACCCAUCUUCUAUGUUGCUUUCUUCAAAGGCCGGUUUGUUGGACGUCCAGGAGACUAUGUCUACAUUUUCCAUUCUUUCCGAAUGGAAGAGUGUGCACCGGGUGGCUGCCUGAUGGAGCUGUGCAUCCAGCUCAGCAUCAUCAUGUUGGGCAAGCAGCUGAUUCAAAACAAUUUAUUUGAGAUCGGAAUCCCAAAAAUGAAGAAAUUUAUAAGAUACAUGAAAUUAAAGCGUCGGCGUUCCUUGGACCAUGAAGAGCACAUGAAAAAAAAGCAGCGUUAUGAAGUAGACUAUAACCUGGAGCCUUUUUCUGGACUUACACCUGAAUAUAUGGAAAUGAUUAUUCAGUUUGGAUUUGUAACUUUGUUCGUCGCAUCCUUCCCACUGGCGCCUCUGUUUGCUUUGUUGAACAACAUCAUUGAAAUCCGUUUAGAUGCAAAAAAAUUUGUUACGGAGCUGAGGAGACCAGUAGCAGUCAGAGCAAAGGACAUAGGAAUCUGGUACAAUAUCCUCCGUGGGAUAGGAAAGCUUGCUGUCAUAAUAAAUGCAUUUGUGAUCUCAUUCACAUCCGACUUCAUUCCACGCCUCGUGUACCUGUAUAUGUACAGUGAGAAUGGCACCAUGCAUGGCUUCGUGAACCAUACACUAUCCUCUUUUAAUGUCAGCGAUUUUCAAGCAGGAACAGCUCCAAACGACCCCAUGGAACUUGGCUACGAGGUUCAGAUAUGCAGGUACAAAGAUUAUCGAGAACCCCCCUGGUCUGAAAAUAAGUAUGACAUUUCAAAGGAUUUCUGGGCUGUCCUAGCAGCAAGAUUAGCAUUUGUGAUAGUUUUCCAGAAUUUGGUCAUGUUUAUGAGUGACUUUGUUGACUGGAUUAUCCCAGACAUUCCCAAGGACAUUAGUCAGCAGAUUCAUAAAGAGAAGGUUCUCAUGGUGGAGGUCUUCAUGAGAGAAGAGCAAGGGAAGCUGCAAAUGCUGGAAACCUGGAAAGACAAGGACAAGAAAAAAGGUGAAAACUGUAACAAUCACAGCCCCAGACUCUCCCUGAGCCACAGUGGGAGCUUGUCCUCCUGUCACUCGUAUCCUGUUGAUGUAUAGAAGAGGAUGGAGUUGAGUGUGUCGGGGCAUUCCACUGGUACAUAAGCCAUCAUGUAAAGGGCAGGACUUGAAUAAUGGACAACCUGCUGCAUGUUGAAGGAUGUGCUGCCAUUUUGCUCCCAUCUUUGUGAGAAACACCCUUCUUACAAAUAUGGAGGACCACAUUCUAUUUCUGAUAAUGUUUUAUGUUUUUCUUUUGCACAAGCAGUAAUGCAGGGAAUUUUUAUAUUUCAUUAUUAGAUAACACUAUUUACACUGGUGUGCAUUGGUAAGACAUACUUAGUAUGUCUUAGAGAUAUUCUCUGAGAAUUUGACCUUAGACUAUUAAUUAAAUCAUUAAAGCUAAAUUUUAAUUAACGAUAAUACUACUAAUUUAAAAUAUUUUUGGAGCCCCAGGCUUGCAGCUCUGUCAGGAAACUUUAUAGAGUAUAUCAAAAUCAGCUUUAGAGUGUGCCCUGGUAUUCCUUUUGGCUGGAGAGGAACCAUAUAAAGUUUACCAGACUUACUUGCUCUCAAAGAUACGGUUUAGCUCUGCUGGCAGACAUCUGUGUUUGAACCUGCAGGUCUGAAACAAAGCUCCCAUUGAGUUUUAGGGUCAAAUACAUGCCUAGGGCACGUGUGGUUGUCUGCUGCAUGCCUGAGACCUCCACUGGGCAUUGCUCUCUUCACAAGCAUCAGGAAAGUGGAUCUGGAAAAGAUCUCCUUACCAAUGCAUGGCUGAUGUGGUGGAAGCUGCCUCGGUGCCCCAGGCUGUAUCACCUGUGUUGGAGUGGUCCCCAGAGGCUCCUCACCCAUAGCAAGGCAGCAGCAGCACAACUUUGGAGAUCUUCCCAGCAGGUCGAUUACUGUGGAGCAUUUUGGUAAAUGCCCUGAAUUAAUGAGCACAUGUAGAGUUACAGUGAGUUAACUGCCCUGCCUAGUAUGCAGACACCAUUCUUGCUGAGGGGAGUCCCUUUUUCCCUUUGUUUUAGCACAUCUCUUUCUUAGCCAGGUUUUUCUCUGUAGCCCUCUGUUCUCUGCAGGAGAAGGGAGCCAGUUGCCCUUGCAGACUUUGUACUGCUGAAUGGCACUUUUCAGAGGCUAUGCUGGAAGAGUAAAUCCAAAACACGUACCACUCAGUGUCUUCAAGGGAAGUUUAGCCUGCACUGGGGCUACAGGACCAGACCUUCAGUUAGUUACAGAACUUCUCUGUUGUCUUAAAAUACCCUAUCUUUUAUACAUGGAGCUUCCUUAAAUACAAGUCUAAAAUCCUUCCUUAAGAAGCCUAUCUAAAUCUCAUCGGUUCGACUCUUUUUAAGUAUAGUACAUCUUAGUUUUGCUUUGUCAAAUGAUGAACUGCACUUCCAAAUAAUAUUGGUGCAAUUAACCUCAUUUCUUUUAUCGCUUUGUCUUGUCCAUGGCACUUGCAUUAUGAAUAUAAAACUGAAGAAUAAAAUAAAAAGUAAAGAUUUCUUUAAAGUCUAACUACUGUAUGGUUUGUUACAAAACCAAAUGUCAAGACUGUUUCCAGUAGUUGUUUCUUUAUUCUUUUCCUUCUUUCUUUGCCAAACUAAUUUAAAGAUUAAUGCCAGAACUUAAAAAAAAAAAAAAACCAACAAAAAAAGCCAUAUCUAGCUUUUGAUAUAUUUAUUUGUUUUAAGGUAUGUGAUAAACUUGAUAUUUUUCUGUAGUCUGUCCAAAGAAGGCACCAGAAAAGAUAUUAUGUGGAAGAAAGAAAAUGGUAUUAACCAAAUAUUCUUGAAGCUUAUUUAAAAUAUUGAUCCAACCAAAGAUUUUUAUUAAUAAAGGGCUUAUAUUUUGUUAACUCUUGUUUCUGUUGUAUUUUGACUUGCAGGAAUGUCACUAUUUUUUAAAUUUGUAAUUUAUGAUAGCUUACUCCUCUAGGGCCAAAUCCUGCCUGAUUUAUUCACACUAUAAGCAUGAAGCCUGGCAGUAAGUAUUUACAAGGUCAGGCCCGUGGACUGCAGUAAGUGCAAAUAAAUUAAGCAGAAUUUUGUCUGUAAAUGCUAUAGAAGCGUUCUUUCUCUCAUUCCGUGGUAGCCCAAAAGAUCAAGAAGAAAGCUAAACGUGAACUACCUAUUCUGAAGAGACAUUUUAUGGAACUUCCUCUAAGGGAAUUUCAUCUGUAAAUACUGAUCUGAGAGUGUUCCCAGCUUAAUACUGACAUUCCUGUAAAUGCUAGAACUAUAUCCUGAACACAUACUUAUCAAAAAUUUGCAUUAUUUGCUGAAAUCAUGAAAUGGUAACAGUGGCUUAUAUUUUCUUUUGUACAGUAAAUUGUUUGAAAUGGAAUUUUGUAUAUAAAAACUGUAUUACUACUUAGAUAACUAUAAAACUUUCAUGGAAUCCUUUUUUUUUUAAGAAAAGUAAAUAUAUUCUAAAUCUG